CUUUAGCUCUGCCACGGAUUACAGUGCGCAUUGUGUGGACAGACGGCGCCCUGGUGCUACCUGUUCGGCUUAUCGCAGUGUGUACGUCGCGCUGAAGCUCUCUCGCGUAAAACCAAAUAAAGAUACAUAUAUAAAGCAAAAGCAAUGGGGGAAUGACAACAGCCUCCGCCCCCUUCUCCGGUUCUCUGUCCCCGAGAAGACCCCGAGGAUGCUGCUGCUCUCAUGCCCGCGGAGCGGACGCCAGCGCCGGGCCUCGCUCCUGCUGCUUGCCGCUGUCCUGCUCUGUGUCGUCUCUGUCAGUUCUAGUCUCCCAGCUGGCUUUAAAUGUCCUCGCCGUAUAGACUGUGCCAAAGAGGGACGCCACUUCUGCAAGCCUGGCUCCUCCCACUGUGGCCCCUGUUUGUCCCCAUUGCAGGAGAACGAAGAAGGACGCUGUGUGGACAGGCGGAGGCAACAUCAGCAUGUGACAUUCUACCCUGACCUGGAUGAAGAGAUCGAUUACCUUCAGUCUGUCAUUGAAAAACAGGAAGUGUCAGAGAUUAAACCCCCGAAAAAACUGUCCAAACAGCACACUGCCGUCACCUCCCAGACAGCAGUUAAUAAAAGCAAGACAGAUGCCUCCAAACGCAAACAGAAAAGCCAGGCUCAUCCCUCAUCUGAAACCCUGCAUGCCUUCACUACAGGCCCUGGCUCUACAGUGUCUACCCUCUCUAAAACACAGACCCCAAGGCCCAGGACCACUGGAGUUGAGGGCCGAGCAGGUCCUAUUGUAGUCCCAGCACCCAGGAAUGACAAAAUUAUCAUCAUUAUUAUCUCUAUCUGUGUCGCGGUGGGCACUAUGGCAGUGAUCCUGGCAACUGUCUGUUUCAUCAAGUUGCAGAAAGAAUCGCGUCUGGCUCAGAAGGUUGACUACCCUGCUUUUGGAAGUGCAGGAGCAUCUGCUGCCGCAGCCACUGGUACCUCGAUGGGAGAUAAGACUCUGGCCCAGAGUGCUCAGAUGUAUCACUAUCAACAUCAGAAACAACAGAUGCUCUCAAUGGGAAAUCACAAGCCAGAGCAGAAAGUCCUUGAUACAGAGAUCACAUCUGAUGAAGAAGAAGUAGGAGGAGACUUUACAGUAUACGAGUGCCCCGGCCUUGCACCGACUGGAGAGAUGGAAGUGAAGAACCCUUUGUUUGAUGACUCGACUGUACAUUAUCAGGGGAAUCACAAGUGAAUGCUGAACACUUUAUGCACACACACACACACACACACACAUAGGCAUACAAGCCAUUUCUCUGUAAGACACUUGAUCCUUGCAGAGGAUGUGGUUAUAAAAUUAUUUUCUUGUAGGCCCUUUACUAUAGCUGUCCCAGGUUGGCUUUUAAUACUACAAUUAUACGUUAGGUUCCCUUUUAAUUUAUUUCUGUCACUGUUUUGGAGCAAUCCUGUCUUUUAACAUUUGGUUUUCAGACUCCCCCUUGAUUUUUGUCCUUAUAGAUGUUUUUGUCCUGUUUUCAUGUUAAUGCCUGAGUUAGUACUUUCUCCUCACGUACCCUUGUUAUUUUCCUUAAUUUCUGCAGCUAUUUCCAAAGAAUGGGAUACAAUUGCAGACACAUGUACAACACAGACACACACACACACACACACACACAAAAAUACAUGAGUUGAAAAACAGGUGCCCUCCCUCGCACUUUGUCAUGCAUAGCUAGUGGCUAAAACACAUUCCUAAGAGAUACCCAGGAAAUAUUUAAAAUCAGAUUUCUGUUAUAACUCUGUAAAAACUCCCUAAUACAACACAAGGUUAAACAUUGGAAAUGUUACCAGUGGUGUUGCUAAUUUUAUGUCUUGUCAUAUAAGCUGCACAUAAAGAUUUUAAGAUUAUAGAAUAUAAAUAUAUAUAUACAUAUAUAUAUGAAAAUGAAGUACUUGAUGAUGUCUGUUUGCAUGGUUUGACUGUACUGUGUUUGCGUCAUGGCGAUGCUUUGAUGAGUUAUUCUGCCUCCUGUAUGUAUGCAUCCUGUUGAUGGAGGAGGAAUGUACAGUAAAAGUGACUUCUUAGCACUUGAAUGAAAAUUUGGAGACUAACUAUACUGAUGGAUGUUUAGGUGGUGAAUAUCACUAUCAUGUAUUGUCCCUCUUUCCUCUCUGUCCUCCUGUCGGUCCCAAGUUAACCUCGUGCUGCAAAAUGUACAUACAAAGAGUGAAAGUGUUCACCUUUUAUAGAUAUUUGUACAUG